UUUUGGAAAUUGGAACGAAACCCUCCCUCCCCCAACCUCCCCGCCUCGCCAGGGAGCCGCCGGCGGUGAGCCCCGCAGUCCGCGGUAGGCCUCCUCGCCUCGCUGCUGGGCUGCUGGCCGACGACCGUCUCCUUCUCUCCCCAUCAGCUGACUGUGGAAAUGGCGGAGGCCACAGCGGCGGCGCCGCCGGAGUGGGCCACCAAGGAGCCCUGCCUGAUGGGGAUCGACGAGGCUGGCCGUGGCCCUGUCCUUGGUCCCAUGGUGUAUGGAUGUAUGUACUGCGCGCGCUCUUACAAUAACACUCUUGCCACCCUCAAAUUCGCAGAUUCAAAGACCUUGAAAGAGGAACAAAGGGAGGAGCUAUUUGAAAGUUUAAAGGUCAAUAGCUCUAUUGGGUGGGAAGUGGAUGUCAUAUGUCCAAAGGACCUAUCUGCUAAAAUGUUAAAAAAGUCGAAAGUAAAUCUAAAUGAAAUAUCACAUAACUCUGCCAUGGGCCUAGUUAGAAAAGUUCUUGACAUGGGAGUUCUACUGGCAGAAGUAUAUAUAGAUACAGUGGGAGAUCCUGAGAAGUAUCGGAUCAAGCUGACCGAAAAGUUUCCAGGCAUCAAAUUUGUGGUUGCCAAAAAAGCUGAUAGCCUUUACCCAGUUGUUAGUGGGGCAAGUAUAGUUGCAAAGGUCACUAGGGACAGGGCCUUGCGAAACUGGGUGUUUGAUGAAACAGCUCUGAAUAUGCACAUGAAAACCGGAUCAGGAUAUCCAGGAGACCCUGAUACUAAGCAAUGGUUAGAAGAUCACAAGCACCCAGUAUUUGGCUUCCCAACCCUGGUUCGUUUUAGUUGGGGAACUUGCACGCCCUUCUUCAAGGAUGCAGUUGAGGUUACAUGGGAGACUGAUGAAGUAGAUGAAGAUGCAACUAACAAUGGAAGUGCCAAGCGGCAAGUCAAGCUUUCAAGCCUAGGCUUUACCGGUUUCAAAAGGAAGACUGAAGAGAUCGAAUCGAGUGGAAAAGGGCGUUGCAAGUUCUUCCAGGCUCGCAAGCUUGAGCUGGUCAGGAAGUUCCAAUGAUGUGCACUAAUUUGGCAUUUGGUGGUAAUACUCGCAUGUCGCAUGUUCAAUGAAAAGGGACCUUCCGAAAUCAAGUAGAAAGUAGUAGAUUGAAACUUUGCUGGAGCGGCAAAUGCUGGAUAGGUGUUUGUCAUGUGUUGGUAGGAAUUGUAGUCUGAACAUUGCUGAGAUGUGAAUCAUGACGAUUUUUGGAAACUAAUGGAAGAUGUGAACAGUUACUGGAUGCUACUGCAA